UCGUCCAGGAUGUUCACUCACCUGUUGGUCGUUCUUGUCUCCGUGGCAUCGCUUGGAAGGAGCAGCGCCUCCGUCCUGCGAGCUGGUGACUUGGAGAGCCAAGGCUGCGACGUCGGCGUGAGCGUUGCCUUCCCCCUCGGUCAGGACCCCCUGGUCACUUGCUCGGCGCAGUGCUAUGCCGAAAGUGAGCAGACUUGGUUCGUCGGCUCGACAUUCAGGAAGGUUGCUGGCUUGACGGAGCGAGGACUCAUGGUAGAAAUCAAGUACAACAAGGAUGCCAUGGUUGACUGCCGACUGGUGUCCUUGCAACCAGAAUCAGACAUCCAGGACGCCUUUGAGGCUUGCCAAUUUGGCCAGUCUUCGGACACAGCGCCCACAGGGGACAGUCUGCACGCAAGCACAACAGUUAUCAUGCCAACUGGAACCAACACUGGGACUUUCAUUUCAACUGAAACCACCAUUCCAACUGGAACUAAUACAGGAACCGUCAUUCCAACUGGAACCAACACAGGAACUUUCAUUCCAACUGGAACCAACACAGGAACUUUCAUUCCAACUGGAACCAACACAGGAACUUUCAUUCCAACUGGAACCAACACAGGAACUUUCAUUCCAACUGGAACCAACACAGGAACAUCCAUUCCACCUGGAACCAACACAGGAACUUUCACUCCAACUGGAACCAACUUUGGAACUUCUGUACCAACGGAAAUCAUUCCAACUGGAACCAACACGGGAACCGUCAUUCCAACUGGAUCCAACACAGGCACUUUCAUUCCAACUGGAACCAACACAGGAACUUCCAUUCCAACUGGAACCAACACAGGAACUUUCAUUCCAACUGGAACCAACUUUGGAACUUCUGUUCCAACGGAAAUCAUUCCAACUGGAACCAACACGGGAACCGUCAUUCCAACUGGAUCCAACACAGGCACUUUCAUUCCAACUGGAACCAACACAGGAACUUCCAUUCCAACUGGAACCAACACAGGAACUUUCAUUCCAACUGGAACCAACUUUGGAACUUCUGUUCCAACGGAAAUCAUUCCAACUGGAACCAACACGGGAACCGUCAUUCCAACUGGAUCCAACACAGGCACUUUCAUUCCAACUGGAACCAACACAGGAACCGUCAUUCCAACCGGAACCAACACAGGAACCGUCAUUCCAACUGGAACCAACACAGGAACCAACACAGGAACCGUCAUUCCAACUGGAACCAACACAGGAACUUUCAUUCCAACUGGAACCAACUUUGGAACUUCUGUUCCAACGGAAAUCAUUCCAACUGGAACCAACACAGGCACUUUCAUUCCAACGGGAACCGUCAUUCCAACUGGAACCAACACAGGAACUUCCAUUCCAACUGGAACCAACACAGGAACUUUCAUUCCAACUGGAACCAACUUUGGAACUUCUGUUCCAACUGGAACCAACACAGGAACUUUCAUUCCAACUGGAACCAACUUUGGAACUUCUGUUCCAACUGGAACCAACACAGGAACCGUCAUUCCAACUGGAACCAACACAGGAACCGUCAUUCCAACUGGAACCAACACAGGAACCGUCAUUCCAACCGGAACCAACACAGGAACUUUCAUUCCAACUGGAACUAACUUUGGAACUUCUUUUCCAACUGCAAUCAACACAGGCGACUUCAUUUCAACUGAAACCACCAUUCCGACUGGAAUCCACACAGGCGACUUCAUUUCAACUGAAACCACCAUUCCGACUGGAAUCCACACAAGCGACUUCAUUUCAACUGAAACCACCAUUCCAACUGGAAUCCACACAGGCGACUUCAUUUCAACUGAAACCACCAUUCCGACUGGAAUCCACACAGGCGACUUCAUUUCAACUGAAACCACCAUUCCGACUGGAAUCCACACAGGCGACUUCAUUUCAACUGAAACCACCAUUCCGACUGGAAUCCACACAGGCGACUUCAUUUCAACUGAAACCACCAUUCCGACUGGAAUCCACACAAGCGACUUCAUUUCAACUGAAACCACCAUUCCAACUGGAAUCCACACAGGCGACUUCAUUUCAACUGAAACCACCAUUCCAACUGGAAUCCACACAGGCGACUUCAUUUCAACUGAAACCACCAUUCCAACUGGAAUCCACACAAGCGACUUCAUUUCAACUGAAACCACCAUUCCGACUGGAAUCCACACAGCGACUUCAUUUCAACUGAAACCACCAUUCCAACUGGAAUCCACACAAGCGACUUCAUUUCAACUGAAACCACCAUUCCAACUGGAAUCCACACAGGCGACUUCAUUUCAACUGAAACCACCAUUCCGACUGGAAUCCACACAGGCGACUUCAUUUCAACUGAAACCACCAACUGAAUCCACACAGCGACUUCAUUUCAACUCAUUCCGACUGGAAUGA